CCCCCUCCUCCCCCCCCUUUCGUGCGCAGGGCUGCUGCGGUGCGUGCAACAGCAGCAGUGGGCGGCUCUGACAGUGCUGAGCCUCCACCAGCCCUUGUACCUUGCGGCGGUGGCUGAGCUCCCCGUGUCUGCCGAGCCCGACGGGGCGGUGUCAGGAAGCGCCGCUUCCCCUCGCGGUGGGGCGCCUGCGGCCCCGGAGACUUCCUCGGCAGCGUGGCGCCCGGCGCCACCCGGUACAUGGAUUACCUGCAGUGUUUUAGAGCACUUUGCUGCAAGGGACCGCCACCAGCACGACCUGAAUAUGACUUGGUUUGCAUAGGCCUCACUGGUUCUGGCAAGACAAGUCUUCUGUCACAGCUUUGCAGUGAAAGCCCAGAGAAUAUAGUGUCUACCACAGGUUUUAGCAUAAAAGCAGUGCCAUUCCAGAAUGCCAUCUUGAAUGUGAAAGAACUUGGAGGGACUGACAAUAUCAGGAAAUAUUGGAGUCGUUACUACCAAGGAUCCCAAGGGGUAAUAUUUGUAUUAGACAGUGCCUCCUCUGAAGAUGAUCUAGAAACUGCUAGGAAUGAACUGCAUUCUGCUCUCCAGCACCCACAGUUAUGUACUUUGCCGUUUUUAAUACUGGCCAAUCAUCAAGACAAGCCAGCAGCUCGCUCCGUACAAGAGAUCAAAAAAUAUUUUGAACUUGAGCCACUUGGACAUGGAAAGCGCUGGAUUCUUAAACCCUGCUCCUUGGAUGAUAUGGAGGCAGUAAAAGACAGCUUCUCCAUUCUUAUAAAUUUGUUAGAAGAGAGAGACUUCGAACCUUCAAGAAUGUGAAACACAAGAGAAGAGUGGUUCUCCAGGCAUCACUGUACCUGCUCAUUCUGCUCACAGCUUAAUUAUGGUGUGGUAUUAAGACUGUGCCGUGAUAUGUUGUUCAUACACAGUGCAGAAUGUCCUUUUGUUAAAAUAAAUAUUCUGUGAAUCAGGUACACAGCUAUUUCCAGUAAAGUUGUCUACACUACUGAAAUAGGGAGUUCCUCUUGGUUUACCACUAGUUCUGCACACUACAUGUUGCUUUCUUGUGUUACCAUCAUCCUUGAUAGGAAAUUUUGCACGCACAAAAAUAACAUAGUCUGCAAAGGAGGAAUUCUAACUGAUACCUUGUUUUUUAAAAAAUAACUAAUGUCUUAAGGAUUUGUGAGACUAAUUUGUAUUAGCUUGUUUACUGACCCUGCAGUCUGGAAAGCACAGCCACUGAGAACCUUAAUAGGAUACCUUAAAGGCAAGGAGUUUCAUGUUAAUGCAAAGGUUAGUCUGAAGUUUUACUAAAUGAAAACACAAUUGAUGUGUUAGUUGAUUCCUCUUCUAAAGUCACUGCAUAACCUUGUCAAAGGCAGAACCGUUAUUUUGCUGGAAUUUUCCUGAAAGGGAAAUUAGCACACAGAUGUGUGUGGGUAACAGUAUUUGUGAAUAGGUGACAUAAGCAGGUGGUCUAAGUAACAAUAUUUUUAGAAAAUGCACAAAAAUUGCAUAAAGUAAUAAUUUUCAUUGAAAGUAGUUUUCCAUAAUAGAAGCAAAGCAAAUAUCUGUUAAUUCAGCUGUGGAGGCUUUAUUACUAGUUAGAAGUGUGACUGAUAUUAAAUAAGGAUUGCCUCCUGUAUCACUCACUGACAGAAUACUACUGUUAUUGCAACAGUGCCAAGGCAUCUAUACCAUAAUUAAGGGCCUUCCAGUGUUUGUACUAUAAGCUUCUCUUUUCAAGGGAUUAUAACUUGUUCUUUCAAACUUCCUCUAAGCUAAAUGUUAUAAAGACAAAAAUGUAUUCAUUGGAAACAACAUUUGUAAUACAUUUGGAAAAAUCCCAUUUGGUUCCAGUAACACAGUGCAUAUUUCCUCUUUCCAAGUUUUCCGCAUUGUAGGUUUGCAGGUUUUUGACUGCCUUUUGUUGAUUUUUAAAACCUUAUAAACCAAUUUUGUCUGUUAAAGAAACAUGCCAGGUCACUGGUUCACCAUUAAGUAAGUCAGUCACAACAGGAUAUGUGCAGAUCAGUAACUGGAGUGGUGCACACCUUGAAUGUCGUGCCUUGUGCAUUCAGCUACCCUUGUGCAUGAGUGUCUGCAAACACAAACUGUAGUGAUGUGUCAGUGGUUCCUCAUCAAUUCUGCUUGUAUUUUGAAACUUGUAACUCCUUUUUCAGGGCUUUAAGCAACAUAUCUUUCCACUCUGAGCAUUUAUUUUUUAAGUUUAAAGUUUAUUGUAGUUUCUCUCUAGUUUAUUUGGGAAUAAGAAUAUAGAAAGGAUCAGCUUUUAAAGGCUUAUAAAAGCCAUUUCUCUAUUACUUGCAAUUGUACUCUUUGUUAAACAAAAUAUUUUUAUAAGGUUUUUUUUUGUUUACUUUUCAGUUUCCACGGAUUGGAAAACUGGUAAGCUCCUUGUUUAAUUUUGUGAUAGAAUAGGCAGAAAGCCUGAAGGCCAUCUCUUCUUGCUUUGUUUUUCUUCUCUUUCCUGCCAGGUCAGUCGCCUCACUCCUCAUACUCUUGGAAAUACCCAAGAACUGGAACUGUUCAUUUUAAAAUACAGAGAGGAGCCCUAUGUUGGUUCCAGUUCUCUCUGCACAGUUUAGAUGGGACCCAGCUGCCCAUCAGUUUCUCUUGUAUGGGUUAAGGAGGCUCCUUUCCCUGGAUUUAAAGAGGAACUGGAUCUGAUUUACAGUUCCAAACUCUCUCUCUUAGCUAACAUGAGCUUAGAGGUUACAGAGUCCCCAGAUUUCCACAAGGUCCCUGGAUUCCUGUCCUGUUUAGGGACAAUGACAAAUAAGAAGUGGUGGGGAGGAGUGAGAGAAUUAUUUCCCAGAGAAGGCAGGCAGUUUAGGGAGGUAAAAAGGGAUUCAGAGCUUUUACUGCUUUUUCAUUGAGCAUUAGUUAGAAGAUGAGAGAUACAUUUUUUUCACUGUUUUUCCCCUUCUUUCCCAUAUGUUAUAGACCAAAAGGUACAACAAGUGAAAAUAAGCCCAACUGUAUUGCAUUCUUGGAACUAUACUUGUACCAUCAGUAAGUCUGGUCCAAAGACGUUAGAGUUUCUGAGUUAUAUUUUUGGUCAUGAUUUCCCAACUAUGCACUGUUGGAAGGUGCUACAUGACUAACAUACAAAAGGCCCAACUAGUCAAUGAGAAUAUGGCUUUGGCAUGCAUCAAUGUCCACUUAGACUAGGACCUUUUGAUGCUUAAUGCUUUUUCUUUAGGAAAAUGCCAACUGCACAGGAGCAGUGAUUAUUUUUUUUCCAAAAUGAUUUUGAAUAUGCUUUUUCUUACUAAUAUAGUGAUCAUUCCUCACCACAGGUUGAAACAAUACCUCAUAGCUGCUUAAGGCUAAGACCAAUGCUUAACUUUACUUUGAAUGUAGUUCUUCUGUGGUUUUCUGUUGUGGAUGGACUUAAUGGAUGUGUACCUUUUUAACAUGUAUAAACACCUUCACUUUUUUAUGGAGGGAUUAAAAAUGUUCAUAGCAGCUCAUGUCACACUUCCUUGUCUAAAUGUUCUUGAAUGUUCUGGCUAUGGUAGAAUAUGUAAGCACCAUGCAGUUUUUAUUCAGAUGACCAAUUUCAAUUGCUUCUUUUUUUAAAAACUUUUCACAUGUGUUUAUCAUUUAGAAGAAAUAAACUUGGGCAGUAGGCUCUACUUUAUAUGCAAGUUCAUUAAGGAGUGAACAUUGUCUUUUUAGAAAAGAUAUUGUGUUUUAAUGUUCUUUAGACAUUCAUUAAAUUACUUUGUGUGUGUAUGUGUAUGUGCCCACAUUGGGGGGCUUCUCAGACCUGUGGCUGUCUGCGGUGUCUCAGCUGUCAGAAUGAAAACAUUAUCAAUCAGUAUCCAACAACAGCUGGUUUUGACAAGCUUCUGUCUGCUGCCUAAUGCUUUACAACUUGUCAAUAAGACUUCUUUUUCUACCCACUCUGAGCUGGUAAUCUUACUGCUUCCAUGUUGUGUCCUGUACUUGUACUUCUAGCAUUUGUAUGGAUAAAAGUUAAAUCUUAGUGGGGUUUUUAUAUUCUUUCUUGCUGUAUAAUGCUCCAUAUGUAUCUUAGCUUGCCUCUUCAAAUGCGCUAUACAAAAAUCUGUGAUUUAUUAUUUUAGUUAACUUCUUGCAUUUCAUUAUAUUUAUAGAAGUUGCAGAUUUUUGUACCAUAUUAGUUAAUACAGUUGCCUUUUUGUAAUGGCAAUUAAUUUAUAUUACAAAAGUUUGUAUCUUUACUGUAGUUAAAAGUAUUAGUUAACUGCCAUAUUAUCUUGACUUUAUACUAAAAAUACAGUGUCUAUACACAGAAGCUGGCCCAUUCAAGUGGACAACUGCUGACAUGAGGAACUUGUACUGUUUGUGAUUUAUACAUGAUUUCCACUAUCAAAAAAAAAAAAAAAAAGAAAAGAAAAGAAACACUGUGUAGACUUGAGUUGCUAAGUUUGGAUUUCUUGAGUAGUGGCCAGUUUGGGAGCAUGGCGUAUUACCUUGAUAUGGAAUCUUCAAAAUAAAUUAUUUACUCCUAGAUAAAAACAAAUAUUACUGUAUAAGCAUUGCUAAAUUAUACAUAGCUACACAUUUGCAUAUAUAUAUAUAAAAAAAUAGAAACUUCAAAAAAUUGGCUGAUUUAUUUCCACAGCAAGGUGUUGUUACUCCAGAAACAUAUCUGAAAGAUAUUGCAGGUUUAUUGCUGGAACAGAGGUUGGAAUAAUCUUUAUACAAUUAUUCCAUAAUGUUAAACUGGGGGACAU